UGUUUGCUACGUGCGGACCCCAAGAACGCCUCGGCGGUAUCGUAGUCCCCCAAGAUAAUCGCCGAGAGAAAUCGGGGACUCCGGUUCUACGCUGCCGACGUGCUCCCAAUGAGUCUGCCCGUCGAAAACACGGGUGCGUUUCAGAAGAAGUGACACCCGCUACACGACCCUGCUCGAAGGAACCGCAUGCAAAAGGAUGGCACCCCCAGGAGACCGAUCCAAGCGCACAGAGCCGCCUGCGCGUUCUUGCGGUCUGCUCUGUUUUCGUCCUGCCUGGCUGCGGCAUUUCGGCAAGUCGGUCUCCUACAUGAUAUGCUUCUCGGCCCUGGGAAUACUUCAGGGAUGCUACUACUCCUACCUCAUCGGCAUCAACACGACGCUGGAACGGCGAUUCGCCUAUCGAAGUCGGACCGCUGGGUUUGUCUUCUUCGCCGACAACUUCGGGCCGAUACUGCUGGGCGCCGUCAUAGGCAUCUACAGUCCUAAGCGACAUCGUCCCAGGUGGGUCGGUGGAGCGGCCAUCUUGAUGGGCAUCUCUUGCUUCUUGGCCUCACUGCCGUACUUCAUCUUUGGCAAGGCCGAUGAAGCUUUCAGCAUGACGGAUCCUGAGGUCGAGUCUGACCUGAACCAUUUCUGUCACGACCAAGAGGAAGACCGCCGCUUCCGGGAGCUCAACUGUGCCCAGUCCAGAAAGAGAGAGACUCUCCCUGCCAUUCUGCUCCUGGUCAGCUGCAAUUUCUUGACAGGCAUCGGAACUGCCGUCUACUAUUCGGCGGGUACGGCGUACCUGGACGAGAUCAUCAAGAAGAAACACUCAGCCGUAUACAUGGCACUCAUGACGGUUGUGCGUGGAUUUGGACCCUGCAUUGGCUUCAUCUUCUCGGCUUUGCUACUAGCCAUUUACGAAGAUCCAUCGUAUAACCCUGGAUUCGCCGACGAAGACCCGCGGUGGAUUGGGGCGUGGUGGCUCGGAUUUGCCGUUCUGGGUUUUCUGCAACUUCUCUUCGCCAUCCCUUUGUUUUUUUUUCCAAAACAUCUCGUGGACGACUCCGAAGAUGAAAUAGGACUGGAGAAAAACUUGACCAUGAGAGAGGCCUUCCAGACGACAAAGAGAAUCAUGGGUAAUCCCAUCCUGGUGCUGCAGAUGGGUGCUCAGGUAUUUAAGUGGUUCGGCGUCCUGGGAUUCUGUACGUACGUGCCUAAAUACGUCCAAGAACAGUUCCAACAGUCUCCCAGCGCGGCCUCUGUGUUGAGCGGUACGUUCCCCAUCGCAUGCGCCAUGGUGGCAUCUCUGGGUGGAGGCUUCCUCAUCAAGACGUUUCGGCCGUCGGCCCGCAUCCUGACGGCCGUCAUUUUCGCCACGGAGUUGAUCACCGCGCUGCUGUUCGUGUCACUCAUGGCGUUCAGCUGCCCGCAACCACCUCUCACGGAGCGUGGGACACUGCAGUCAGGGCGAGACUUGAUCAACACAUGCAACCAGAACUGCUCGUGCGCCACAGAGGUGUUUCACCCCAUCUGCGAAGGGAAGACGACCUACUUUUCUCCCUGCUUCGCCGGAUGCUUCACCAAAGGAAUGAACGGCACCGCGCAGCGAGGCUCUUACGACAACUGCAACUGCGUCGACGCGUUCGACGACGACGGCCUGGCGCGUCGAGCGACGGACGGAUUCUGCAAGAGCGACUGCCCGUUCCUGGCUUUCUACAUCAUGUUGCUGUGCAUCGCGUACGGGUUCUCCUUUUCGACCAAGACGGCCCAAAUUCUCAUACCACUCAGGUGCGUCAAGAAAGAAGACAAGGCGUUCACUCUAGGGUUUGCCGAAGGGGUGCUGGCACUUUUCUCUUUCCUGCCUUACCCCCUGGUAUACGGAUCUUUGGUGGACUCCACGUGCGUCGUGUGGGAGGAGAGCUGCGGCCAGCAGGGCAACUGCUGGGUGUACGACAUGCGGACAUUCAACUACUCCCUGCACGGGACGACCUUCAUCCUGCUGAUGGUCGGGGUAGUACUCAACUUCGUCGUGUUUCUGCUCAGCGGCAGGCUCAGAAACCUGUAUGGACGGGACACGAGGCUGGCCAACAGGGACCGGGCGCUGGAAGGCGGCUCCGACGUCCACUCGUCCACCAGGUCGUCCAGGGGCUCCAUCCGGAAGCUGACGCGAAACGAGAUCUUUCACAUGGUCCCUACCAACGACCCGGAGGAGUGAAAUCGACGACUGGUUUCGGUGUUUGAAACGAAUCAUUAGGGAGUUUUCGUAGAUCAUUUCUGCCGCCCCGCAACGGUCUCCGCAACGCGCUCGAAGAUCCGGAACUCCGCAGGCAAGGCGCGGCGCGUAUGCGCAGUAGCAGCAUUUUCAUUGCGGACUGCGUAGCGGAGAGGAAAGAGCGGUGUACAAAAACUCCCUCUCAAGGAGUUCUCGUGGAUUCUUUCUACUUCCGCCGUACCGCAACGGUCUGCGAAAUCCGCUAAACGAUCCGGAACUCUGCAGGUAAGGCUAACGUGGCGUCUUCGUUGCGGAGUGCGUAGCGGUGGGGAGAAAAGGUUCAACGAAAACUCACUUGAAACGUCCGUUUUAUGGUAGCCUUAAUACUCGUGCGACAUCGUUCCCAUCGGUGUGGACAUUGAAACGAGGAAGUCUCUUUAAUAAACUACGGACGUCAAGAGCUCAAGAGUGCUUCCCCUGCGGCCAGGCAUGGGUCUCACCAAAAGCAGCAUCAACACGCUCUUCCCGGGAUCUCGCACCAAGGGCUCAAGGAGGGCACGCGUGAAAAGGCACGCUGUAUUAUAAGACCGGUCUAAUAAAGAGCGUUUGGCCGGUGCCAUUUUCAGCGCGUUUGUGCAUAGAGUG